CUCUUUUGUUUCUUUACUUCAACAUAAAACUUGUGAGGACCAUCAUCAUGACUCCAGCUUUUAUUUUCUUCUUCUUCCUCUCAGUGAUGGAUGUCUGUCGGAGUGCUCCGGCUGAAAUGAACAAUAAAACCGACGAGUUCACGGACGACGUCUCAAGGCCCAAAGUUGACUUAGAAAAUCUCGUUCUCCAUGGAGACGUCGCCGUAACAAACACCUUUCUGAAGAAUGCGGACCCGUGUACGGCCAGAGGCUGCAAGUGGCCCAAAUCUGGCCCUUACGUCUACGUGCCUUACCAGAUCUCCUCUAAAUUUUCCCAGAAGGAGAAGGACGUCAUCAUUAAAGGCCUGCAGAGCUUCAACCAGGACACAUGCAUUCGAUUUGUCCCAAAACGUUCCGGUCAUCGAGAUUUCAUCCAUUUCUUUUCUCAGAGUAACGGAGGGUGUUGGUCCAACAUCGGCCGUCAGAGCGGGGGUCAGUACAUCUCGCUGGACAGAAGAGGAUGUGUUCACCACUCCACUGUGCAGCACGAGAUUCUCCACGCUCUGGGUUUCCACCAUGAGCAGGUCCGCUCCGACAGAGACAGAUACGUCCGGAUUCUCUUCAACAACAUUCAGCAAAGACAGAGGGGCAAUUUCAGAAAAGUUCAGACGAACAACUUAGUAACUCCCUACGACUUUUCCUCGGUCAUGCAUUAUGGCAAAUACGACUUCUCCAGUAACGGACGGCCAACCAUCGAAGCAAAAUCAAAUCCUAAACAGAAGUUUGGAAACGCCCGUCAAAUGAGCGCCAACGAUGUCAGUCGUGUCAACAGGCUUUACAAAUGCAGUACCUCUCGUUACUGAAACACAACGUCUCAAAGCACCAAAUAUGGAGCCACGCUGCUGCCAAGUUUAAGAAGAAAAUAUUUUUCAAAGUCUUAUUUUUAACAUUCACAUUUUUAUAAAGAAAAACUAUGGGAGGCCUUUUAAAUAAUAGUUGUUUCAAUAGAGAUUCAUAAGCGAGCUCCCCCUGCUGGACAAAGACGGUACAGCAUACUGUAGCUCAACAGGAAUGG